GGCUUUGGCUUCACCCUCCGCCACUUCAUCGUGUACCCUCCGGAAUCGGCCGUGCACUCGGCCAAGGAGGAGGAGAAUGGGAACCGAGCAGGUCCCGCCCGGAGCCGCCUGGAGCCCAUGGACACGAUCUUCGUGAAGAACGUGCGGGAGGACGGGCCCGCACACCAGGCGGGGCUGCGCACGGGUGACCGGCUGGUCAAGGUGAACGGGGAGAGCAUCAUCGGCAAAACCUACUCGCAGGUGAUCGCCCUGAUCCAGAACAGUGAUGAUGUGCUGGAGCUCUCCAUCAUGCCCAAGGACGAGGACAUCCUCCAGCUGGCCUAUUCCCAGGACGCCUACCUGAAGGGCAACGAGCCGUACUCCGGGGGGGCUCAGAGCAUCCCCGAGCCCCCUCCCAUCUGUUACCCAAGGAAAACCUACCCCUUCCAGGCCCGGGGUGCCGAUCCCACCCCUGGCCAGCCGCCGGACCCCCGAUCCCCCCGCCCGGCCACCACCGGUCCCUCGUCCCCUCUGGGCGCCCGCAGCGACCCCGGCGGCAGCCCCGCGCACCGCCCCGAGGAUCCGCAGCCCGGGGGUCCCCCCCCGCGCCCCGCCGCACCCCACGGGCACCCCGGCUCCUCCUCCCGCCCCUCUAACGUCUCAUCCUCCGUGCCCGACCGCUACGGGAUGUCCCCGGCCACCUCGUCCUGCUACGGUGUCCCCAAGCACCUCCCGGAGCACCGGACUCACUGCGGCUUCAAGGAGGGCAUCGGGGGGCUCUCGACAGCCGGGCGGCCCCCCCGGGACGUGUCGGUGGCCCAGCGUGUUCCCGGUCGCCAGGAGUGCCAGCAGGCUCUGUCGCGCUGGUUCUGCAGCCAGGAGCCGCGGCGCAGCGCCUCGGAGGAGCGGCGGCACGCCAUGCCCCGCUACCGCAGCGUGUCCCACGACCGCCUCGGGGGCUCCGGGACCGCGGCACCCCGGGGGUGGCCCCACAGCGCCUCGCACGACACCCUGCUGCAGCCCAGCCGCGAGGGCUGCGCCCCCCGAGCCCGCUCCGACCACUACCUGGGCAGGUACGGGCGCUCCAUGGAGGCGCUGGAGCCCAGCGCGCUGCUCCCGCCGCACCUCGACCGCUCCGCGUGGCCACCCGAGAGGCUCUGCCGGGCCGCCGUCGCCGUCGCCACCUCCGGACAGCCCAUCCCGUCCGGCUCCUUCGCUGUUUCCUCAUCCUCCUCUUCCUCCUCAUCGCGGGAGCCGGCUCCGGUGCAGAAGCACCCGUCUCAGCCCAACCUGCAGAGCGUGGAUGACUCGGGCUACAUCGGCUACCGCAGCUAUAGCCCGUCCUUCCAGCGCCGCACCGGGCUGCUGCACGCCCUGGCCUGUCGCGACCCGGCCUUCGGGGGGCUACCAACCUUCAACAUCGCCCAGCGGGCAGUAGCCCCGCUCAGGGACGGCGUGGCCAGCCCUGUCACCCCCCCUGCGGUCACUCCGGCGGUGUCCAGCGCGCCCCGGGAGCCACGGCCGGAGGGCGGCCGAGCGUCCGAGCAGGCGGAGGAGCGCAGGGAGGAGGUGGUGCUGCGGCAGAAGCCGCCCACGGGCCGCAAGAUGCCCGCACCGCUGCGGCAGAUGAACUUUGUGUUCCCCGAGGGGGUGAAGGACACGGACAUUGGUGACCCCGCCGGGGCCGUGGGCAGAGGGGACAGGCCGGGGAACGAGCGGCCGGGCCGGCGAGUGGCUCCCUUGGCAGCCCCUGAGGAUUCGCUGGCGUCCAUCCCCUUCAUCGACGAACCCACCAGCCCCAGCAUCGACCUGAAGGCCAAGCACGUCCCGGCCUCCUCGGUGGUGUCCAGUGCCAUGAACUCAGCCCCCGCCAUGGCCACCAGCCCCGCCUCACCCACCUUCGCCUUCGCCCUGUCCCGGCACUACUCCCAGGACUGCAGCAGCAUCAAGGCCGGCCGCCGCUCCUCCUACCUGCUGGCCAUCACCACCGAGCGCUCCAAGUCCUGCGACGACGGUCUGAACGCAUUUCGGGAUGAGGGCAAGAUCCUCAGGAGGAUGCCGAGCCGGGUCCCCAGCCUCCGCAUGCUGAGGAGCUUCUUCACCGAUGGGUCUCUGGACAGCCUGGGCACAUCCGAAGACGCCCGUUCCAAAAGACACUCAACCUCCGACCUCUCGGACGUGCCGUUCAGCGCCGUGAGGAAGGAGGGCUGGCUCCACUGCAAGCAGAUCCUCACCAAAAAGGGGAAGAAGGUCGGUGGAGGCAUCCGGCAGUGGAAGCGCGUGUUCGCCGUGCUGCGCACCCACUCGCUGUACCUGUGCAAGGACAGGCGGGAGGCGGUGACCUGCGCCCCGGCCCCAGGUGAGGAGGAGCCGCCGAUCAGCAUCCAAGCGUGCCUGGUGGACAUCUCCUACAGCGAGACCAAGAGGAAGCACGUCUUCCGCCUGACGACCGCUGACUUCUGUGAAUAUCUCUUUCAGGCAGAGGAUCGGGAAGACAUGCUGGCCUGGAUCAAAGUCAUCAGGGAGAACAGCAAGGCUGAGGGCGAGGACCCCGGUUUUGCCAGCCAAGCCCUUAUCAGCAAGAAGUUAAACGACUACCGGAAAGUGAGCCCUGCGGGCACCAAGCCUGACUCGUCACCCAAGGGCCCUCGUGGGCUGGGGAUCCGAGCCGAGUUCCUGAAGCAGACGGGAACCAGCGUGCCCCGGUCCCCCAGGCAGGACGUGGCUGUCACAAAAGAUGAAAGCAGCUCCCAAAAAGCCCCGUGGGGCAUCAACAUCAUGAAGAAGAACAAGAAAUCUGCCCCGCGCGCUUUCGGCGUGAGGCUGGAGGAUUGUCAGCCUGCCCCCGACAACAAGAACGUGCCCCUGAUCGUGGAAGCGUGCUGCAAGGUGGUGGAGGACCGGGGGCUGGAGUACAUGGGCAUCUACCGCGUGCCCGGCAACAACGCCGUGGUGUCCAGCCUGCAGGAGCAGCUCAACAAGGGAGCCACCGAGAUCAACCUGCAGGAUGAGCGGUGGCAGGACCUGAAUGUCAUCAGCAGCCUCUUGAAAUCCUUCUUCCGAAAGCUGCCCGAGCCCCUCUUCACCGACGAUAAAUACAACGACUUCAUUGAAGCCAACCGGAUCGAAGAUGCCAGCGAGAGGAUGAGGACGCUGCGGAAGCUGAUCCGGGACCUACCAGGCCACUACUACGAGACCCUCAAAUUCCUGGUGGGCCACCUGAAAACCAUCGCUGACCACUCGGAGAAGAACAAGAUGGAGCCCCGGAACCUGGCGCUGGUGUUCGGGCCCACGCUGGUGCGAACAUCCGAGGACAACAUGACAGACAUGGUGACGCACAUGCCCGACCGCUACAAGAUCGUGGAGACCCUCAUCCAGCACUCAGACUGGUUCUUCAGUGACAAGGAGGACAAGGGUGAGAAGACCCCCGUGGAUGAGAAGGAGGCUCAGUCCGUGCCCAACAUUGAGUACCUGCUGCCCAACAUCGGCAGGACCGCGGCGCCCGGCGAUGCCGCAGGCUCGGCCCGCAGCGGCUCCGCCAAACCGAAGGGCACGUGGCCGUCGCGCAAAGCUCCGCCGCACCGGGAGCUCCUCGCCAUCCCCUUCGUCUCGGCCGCCGCCCGCAAGAGGAAGAAGAGGAGAGAGGCCGAAGGCGUUGGGAGCAGCACCGAUGACGACGCGGAGCGCAGGGACAGCCCGGGCCGGCAGCAGGAGCGGGAGGUCCCCGCGGUGACACCCGGCAAAUCCCCCCGCGCCGCCAACACCGACCCCGCGACCCCCGGCCCGGCCGGGAUGCAGCGGGAAUGCUCGGCCGGCUCCGAGCCGGCUCCGGACGCCCGCUCCAUCGUGUCCGGCUACUCCACGCUGUCCACCAUGGACCGCAGCCUGUGCUCCGAGGUGCACUCGGUGACCGGGAGCCGCGGGGAGGAGGCGGAUGACGAGCGCAGCGAGCUCAGCCACAUGGAGACGGACACGGAGAGCCGCGAGGGAGCCCGGCCGCGACCGGGACAAGCCGGAGGGGGGACAGGGACGGGCGACGAGGACAAGCCACCCCUGGGCCGCCCUUCCUUCAAUUCGCAUCUCCUGAUCCAGUGCGACACGCUGGCCCGAAGGAAGUUGGGGCGGCCGCGGCCGGCCGGCGACACCGCGGUGGUGGCCAGCACCGGGGACGAGCAGAGCUGGGUGGCCCCGGGGCGAGCGUCGCUGCGGGAGCAGCUCCGGCAGCACCUGCGGGCUUCCACCGAUGACACGGGGGUUCUCCUGCGCAGGGCACACUCCCCCGAGACCCGCCGCAAGAAGAGCAGCUGGCGCCGGCACACGGUGGUGGUGCCCGGUGGCCUCAAGGACCUCAACUUCAACGAGUGGAAGGAGCCGCGGGGUCUCGAGGGGACGCCGUGUCGCGAUAAAGACUCGGGGCUCAGCAGCCUGGAGUCCACCAAAGCCCGGCCCGCGGUUCCCGGCCCGGUCCCUCCUGGCACUGCUGGCCCGGGCUCGGCUACCAAGAGUCCCCCGGGUAGCCCCGGCCCUGCCCUGCGCUUCCCGCAGUGUCUCUGA